AUGACCGAGCCAGAGGACCUCGAGGAGGAUCUCUUUGCUGACCUCUAUGAUGCCGACGAGACCCCAGCAACAUCCGCACCUCCUGCCACUGUACAAGCACAAUCUCAGCCUCCCCCUUCUACCAAGACGGAAGUAGUGGAAACACCCAACUCUACACAGCCUACUGUGACUCAGCAGCUGCAGCCUGCUCAAGAGCACAAAUUGGAGCAGCCACCAGCCCAAAAUGGUGCUCAGGGAACACCGACAGUUGCGGAUACGAGUAGUGGUGGACAUGCUUCGAAUGAGCCUGAAAACCAAGGGACAGGUAUAAAAGAAGACGGGUAA